AUGUUGCUAGGGCGUGGCUUCAUCCUUGGUGCUUGGAAUUCCCACGUCAGUCUGGGCAACAUCCUCGGGGCCCUGCUGGCAGGCGCCUGUGUAGAAGUCGCUUGGGGCUGGUCGUUUGUCGUUCCUGGCCUUGUGGUUGGAGGAAUGGGCGUCCUCGUCUACUUCUUCCUCGUCCCCUACCCAGAAGACAUGGGCUUUACCCUCCCAGAGUCGACAGCAAAGCCCUCCCCAUCGGAAUUCGCCAGAAAUGAUGGUGACUACAGCAACCUGCAGGUGUCAAUGCAUCCGUCGAGGGAGAAUAUGCGGCCCAUCAGCUUCUGUGCAGCUCUUGCAGUUCCGGGCGUGAUGGAGUAUUCGCUGUGUCUGUUUUUUGUCAAAUCGGUGGCCUAUACAUUCCUCUUCUGGCUUCCAAUGUAUAUUCGUGAGGCGAACGGGUUAGAAGCUGCCCUGUCCGCGGAUUUGUCCGCCAUUUUCGACAGUGGCGGCAUCGUCGGUGGCAUGUUGGCUGGUCUCAUCACUGAUCGGACGUCCUGCAGCGCCACUAUCUGCGGUGCAAUGCUCUUAGUCGCUGUGCCCACUCUCUACGCGUACUACCUCGUUGGAGCCUCGUCCGUUGCUGUGUGUAUUUGCAUGCUCCUGUCUCUGGGGAUUUUGGUGGUGGGUCCCUAUUCCCUAAUAACUACGGUUGUCUCGGCUGACCUCGGAACGGACCAGUCACUGCAAGGAAACACAAAAGCUCUGUCUACUGUUGUUGCUAUCAUUGACGGCAUGGGUUCACUAGGCGCCGCUGCCGGACCUUUUAUUGUCGGCCUCAUAGUUGGUUACGGCUGGCUGUACAUCUUUUUGGUGAUGAUGCUGUUUCUGAUUUUAUCCAUCCUGUUUCUCCUACGUCGUAUUGUGAAGGAGCUACAAACGGUCUGCCGCCCUACUGUGGCUUACGUUCAGAUGCCCUAA